ACCUGUGUUCUGGGGUGUGAGGAAGACGUCGGUCGUGAUAUCGGUGACGCGCAUGCUCAGUGCGGUGACGCCGCGGCUGUGUGUGUGUGUGCGUGCGUGCGCGAGAGAGCGGCGGAUUAUUUGUCAGCGAGGCGGCGGAGCGGCGCGAGCGAGAGGGUUUCCCGGGAUUAUCCGAGUGAAUUACCGGCCGAACCGCCGGGAAGAGCCGCGCUGAGAAGAACGGAGACCCGUGAAACCCGCUCAAACGCGCUGGAGAAGCAUCUGAUGGAUCAGAUCGAGGUUCAGUUUGAGAUCAGGCAGGAACAGAUUCACUGGAUUCAUUAGCAGCUGGUUUCUACAGCAGCCUGCAGCAGAAGACCAUGAAGUGAUCUUUGGGUCACAUGACUGAGAGUCUGAUCAACACUAGAGUUCAAAAGUUUGGGGUGAUGUCCGAGGACGCGGUGAGGCAGACGCGCAGUCAGAAGCGCGCUCUAGAGCGGGAAUCUCUGCUCACAGACGGGAAGCGGCUAAAGCUGGAUGGCUCCCGAUCCGUCCAGGACUCCAGCAUCCUGAAGGCCACCAUCAAAGUGGAGCUGCAGACGGGAGACGAGCCCAUGGACAUAAGCAACACCGCGAUGAAGAGCGAGGCGCGGUCUCCGUCACCCGAGGAUGUCAUCGUUCUGUCGGACGAGACGCCCAGUCCACAGAUGAACGGAAGAAAUCACGUCAAAGAGCUGGACACGGAUCUGCUGAUGAGGAGUUCUCCGGAGGAGCGCAAGCGCGUCGUCAGGCAGCUGAAGGAGGAGCUGCGUUUAGAGGAGGCCAAACUCAUCCUGCUCAAGAAACUCAGACACAGUCACACACACAAAGACUCCGGCGCACAGAAGCCGGCGGCUCCUGUGUCCAGCGCUACUCCUCCUCUGGUCAAGAAAUCUGCUGCUGUGAAAACUACAGCACCGGUGAUCUCCGCUCGGGCUUCUGGGACGGUGAUUCCUCCUCCGCUGGUGCGCAGCGCUCAGCUGUCCAAACACAGCGCUCAGAUCAUCAUGCCUCCGCUGGUCAGAGGAGCUCAGUCGAUCUCGGUGUCGCCGCAGCAGGUCUCCAGCCUCAGACAGAACUCAUCCUCAGGGCCUCCUCCGCUGCUCCUCGCUCCCAGAGCCGUGGUCAGCAGCGUCCAGGGACAGAAGAUCAUCCAGCCCGGCCUCAUACGCAUGACCACCAUCCCCAGCACAGGCCUGCUUCUCAGCAUCAGCCAGGCCGCCAGCUCAAACCUGAAGUCUGGGUCGGUCAUGUUGAACGCCGGUCAGUCGGCUAAACUAGUGCUGCGCAAACAGCUGGAGAAGACGCUGCUGGAGAUCCCUCCGCCCAAACCGCCGGCACAGCAGCUCAGCUUCCUGCCCUCGGCGGCCAAUAACGAGUUCAUCUACCUGCUGGGGCUGGAGGAGGUGGUGCAGAACCUGCUGGAGUCUCUGGGCCGAGGUAAGCAGGGUCUGUACGCCGGUUUGGUGGUCAGCGCCGGAGAGCCGUGCUGCUGCUCCCAGUGUCAGACGGACUUCACCUGCCGCUGGCGCCGAGACAAGGGCGGAGCCGUCAUGUGUGAGCAGUGCAUGUCGUCCAAUCAGAAGAAGGUGCUGAAGGCAGAUCACACCAAUCGGCUGAAGGCGGCGUUUGUCAAGGCACUUCAGCAGGAGCAGGAGCUUGAUAAGCGCGUGCUGCAGCAGGCCACAUCAUCUGCCUCUUCAUCAUCAUCAUCAUCCUCCUCUGCUCAGGGGAUGAGGGCGGAUCAGGUCAAAGCACGCCCCUCAUCUUCAGCUCAGACCGGGAGCCGCUCCGCCACAGCCGUCAAACAGGUGUCUCAGAGUGCGUUGGCUCGUAGCGUGCAGUCGUCUGCGAUGCGCGUCGUUCCUCACGCCUUCUCCCCGUCCUCUCAGCUGCAGAACGCCGUGGCGGCCGCCGCUCUGGUCAGCAGGCCAGGUAAGCAUGCAGAGCGUCAGGGGUCAAAGGUCAGCAGCAGCAGAGGCAGCAGCAGCGUGAGGAAACGGAGCAGCAGCGCAGCAGGUGUGACCAUGGCCUAUGUGAACCCCAGUCUGUCGGUCCAGAAGCCGUCGGUGGUGGAGCGUCACAGAGAGUAUCUGCUGGACAUGAUCCCGUCACGCUCCGUCUCACAGACCGCAAACUCCUGGAAGUAGAACCAGGUUCUGGGUUCAUCCGGUUUCUGCAGGUUUCUUCACUCAAGGGCUUCGAGUCUCGUCUGAUGCGGAGCGACGGCUCUGACCGUCACUUCACUUCCUACCAAAAACACCGGAAACGCUUUGUGUGCUUCUGUUACGGCUUAGUUUUAUUUCUUUAUGUAAGUGUGUGAGAGUGUGUGAGAGUGUGUGUGUGUGUGCGUGUGUGUGUGUGUGUGUGUGUGUGUGUGUGUGUGUGUGUGUGUGUGUGUGUGUGUGUGUGUGUGCGUGUGUGUGUGUGUGUGUGUGUGUGUGUGUGUGUGUGUGUGCGUGUGUGUGUGUGUGUGCGUGUGUGUGCGUGUGUGUGUGUGUCUGUGUGUGUGUGUGUGUGUGUGUGUGUGUGUGUGUGUGUGUGUGUGUGUGUGUGUGUGUGUGUAUGUAUGUGUGUGUGUGUGUGUGUGUGUGUGUGUGUGUGUGCGUGUGUGUGUCUGUGUGUGCGUGUGUGUGUGUGUGUGUGUGUGUGUGUGUGUGUGUGUGUGUGUGUGUGUGUGUGUGUGUGUGUGUGUGUGUGUGUGCGUGUGUUUGAUGAAGCACGUUUGAAUUUGUUCUUCCACAAACAUUUAUUUUUUUCAGCUCAUAGAUUCAGAGUCACUAAAUUAACUUGUUUUCUUUCUGAGUGUCGAGUCUGUUGAAGUUGUAUACGUUUGUCAAUAUUUUUUUGCAGUCACUGUAAUUAUAUCGUUUGUAUUUUCAUGCAGGUGAUUCUCGACAUUUGAUUAAAAGCUUUUCUGAAGUAAUCCCACUCGUAAUUGGUAUAAGUAUGCUCAGAUUGUUAUGAGCUGCUGAUUAUUGGUGCAGAGCAUCAGUGUUUAUGAUGAUGAUGAUGAUGAAGGCUCUGAUUGGUUAAACUGCACAUGAAUAAACCUCAUCACUGUUUAAAACUGAUCAUGUUCAUGUUUCCGCCCAUCCAACAGUCGAGGUCACCCAUGCGUUUGUUUUGUUUUGCGAUGAUGAUGAUGUCACAACAUCCUGUUUCCAUGGUUACGGACAGAUGCAGCAUGAUGCGUUUCCUGUUGCAUUUGCUUCCUGCAACAUGUACAAAGUUACAGUUUGUUAGAUUUAUUUGUUCCUGUAAUAAAACAUUUUAACCCUUUUA